AUGAGAAGCUGCUGUGAUGUCUUCAGGGGUCGCAAAGAAACGCUGGACCACUCAGGGAAGUUCGGUCUCGGGACGGAAGAUGAGGCAGCCUCUUCGCUGUGGAAGGAGGCGGAUUCCGUUGUACAGGCUGUGACGGACGAGGUGGUUGACAUUUCGUGGAAGCUGCAGAAGGCGCUUGGGGCAAAGCCUUCCAUGGCGAGUCAACUUCUUAGCCGCGUGGUGAGGCGCAUGGGAGACGACGAUGGAAUGAACAUCACUCUCCGCCGCGUCCUCGACGAUGACCAUAGCACCUCCCAGGAUGAGGGUCCGUUUGUCAACUACGAGCCGGCGCGGCUCCUGCUCUCCGAGACGCUGCAGCAGCUGCACCUUCAGGUGCAGGAUGAGCGCGGACGUGACGUCGAGAAGGAAAUGGACCUGGCGGAGGAUGUGCGAGCCUUCCUGGCGGGCUCCCUGUAUCCGCAAGGCGACGACGAGCCGGAGACGGAUACACUGAUGACAGUUGUGACCAACUACGAGGAGGCCGUGGUGGUGGGGUUUGAAAACCCAAAGAUGCGCGACGAGGUACUCUUCGGGCUGCUGGUGCUCCUCGAGGCCGCACUGCAGCGCGCAGUCGUCAUCGAGGAGCUCCCUCACUGA